CCGACUAGCAGCCAACAAAGAGCCAAGGGAGAGUUGACAGGAACAACAUCACUGCUCUGAGCACACAUUAUUUAUAGGGAAGCAUUGCCUCACUCAAGCAGAAAAGCCCCUGUUUUUUUCGCCAGCGACUGACAAUUAAUGCACAAGGUCAGGUCUACAACAGCAAGAUGAACCAUUUGUGACCCUCAGUAUGCUUGUCAAUUGGACUUGAGCGGGUUGAAGACAACUUAGGGGGCUGCUGUGUCAGUCAGAGCUUGAACCCACAGUAGGUGAAGGGAUGGGGAACACAGCGACCAAAUUCCGUAAGGCUCUCAUCAACGGGGAUGAGGUGCUGGCUUGCCAACUCUACGAGAGCAACCCACAGUUCAAGGAGGCUCUGGAUCCCAACUCUACAUACGGAGAGUCCUACCAGCACAACACUCCACUGCACUAUGCUGCCCGGCACGCCAUGACACGCCUACUCAGGUCUUUUCUCCUAAACAAAGAUGGAAAUCCUAACAAGCGUAAUGUGCACAAUGAGACAUCUCUACACCUUCUCUGCAUGGGGCCUCAGAUCUUGCUUUCAGAGGGGGCACUGCAACCUCGGAUCUCACGACCAUACGAAGACGAGCAGCGUAGGGCUGAAUGUCUACAAAUCAUCCUGUCAUGGACUGGAGCAAAGCUUGACCAUGGAGAGUAUGAGAGUGCUGAUAUCAAUGCCACCGACAACAAGAAAAACACCUGCCUGCACUAUGCUGCUGCCUCAGGCAUGAAGACUUGUGUUGAGUUCCUGGUGCAGAGAGAAGCGGACCUGUUUGCGGAGAAUGAAAACCGCGAGACUCCAUGUGACUGUGCAGAGAAGCAGCACCACAAGGAGUUGGCCCUGUGCCUGGAGUCGCAGAUGGUCUUUUCGAUUGCCCCUGAAGCAGAGGGUAUAGAGGCAGAGUACGCAGCCCUCGACCGAAGAGAGCUUUACGAAGGCCUGCGGCCUCAGGAUCUACGGAGGCUGAAGGACAUGCUGAUAGUGGAGACAGCUGACAUGCUGCAGGCCCCACUUUUCACUGCAGAGGCACUGCUGCGUGCCCAUGAUUGGGACAGAGAGAAGCUCUUAGAGGCCUGGAUGAGCAAUGCAGAGGAAUGCUGCCAACGCUCAGGGGUACAGAUGCCUAACCCGCCUCCCAGUGGCUGCAAUGCUUGGGACACCUUGCCCUCACCCCGGACGCCACGCACCACCCGCUCCUCUGUCACCUCCCCAGACCAAAUCAGCCUCAUGCCUGCCGAUGAGGAGUCUUCUCUGUGUGGUAUCUGCAUGUCUUCCAUCUCUGUGUUUGAGGAACCUGUUGACAUGUCCUGUGGCCACGAGUUCUGCAGAGCAUGUUGGGAAGGGUUUCUUAAUCUAAAGAUUCAAGAGGGUGAAGCCCAUAACAUCUUCUGCCCAGCCUUUGACUGCUACCAGCUUGUGCCUGUGGAAGUCAUAGAGAGUGUGGUGUCUAGAGAGAUGGACAGGCGCUACCUGCAAUUUGACAUCAAGGCAUUUGUGGAGAACAAUCCAGCAAUCCGCUGGUGUCCUGUGGCAGGUUGUGAAAGGGCUGUGCGACUUAACACCCAGGGUCCUGGGACCUCCACCUCAGACUCUCUUAGCUUUCCCCUCCUUCAGGCCCCUGCAGUAGAUUGUGGCAAAGGCCACCUGUUCUGCUGGGAGUGUCAAGGUGAGGCCCAUGAGCCCUGUGACUGUGAGACCUGGAAGUUGUGGCUACAGAAAGUCACUGAGAUGAGGCCUGGUGAAUUGGCUGGUGUGAGCGAAGCUUACGAGGAUGCAGCCAACUGCUUAUGGUUGCUCACUAACUCCAAACCCUGCGCCAAUUGCAAGUCCCCAAUACAGAAAAAUGAGGGCUGCAACCACAUGCAAUGUGCUAAGUGUAAGUAUGACUUCUGCUGGAUUUGUCUGGAGGAGUGGAAAAAACACAGCUCAUCAACAGGAGGCUACUAUCGCUGCACCCGUUAUGAGGUCAUCCAGCAGGUGGAGGAGCAGUCAAAGGAGAUGACUGAAGAGGCUGAGAAGAAGCACAAGAGCUUUCAGGAACUGGACCGUUUCAUGCACUACUACACACGUUUCAAGAAUCAUGAGCACAGCUAUCAGCUGGAGCAGCGCUUGUUAAAAACAGCCAAAGAGAAGAUGGAGCAGCUCAGUCGAGCCCUGAGUGGAAGGGAAGGAGGCCCACCUGACACUACAUUCAUUGAAGAUGCGGUCCUAGAACUACUAAAGACUCGCCGCAUCCUCAAGUGCUCUUAUCCUUAUGGGUUCUUUCUGGAGCCCAAAAGCACAAAGAAAGAGAUCUACGAGCUUAUGCAGACGGACUUAGAGAUGGUGACUGAGGACCUGGCACAAAAAGUUAACCGGCCUUACUUGCGGACACCGCGCCAUAAGAUCAUCCGUGCGGCGUGUCUGGUACAGCAGAAGAGGCAGGAAUUCCUGGCCUCAGUUGCCAGGGGUGUGGCCCCCAAUGACUCCCCCGAGGCCCCCAGGCGCAGUUUCGCUGGCGGAACGUGGGACUGGGAAUAUUUAGGCUUUGCAUCACCUGAGGAGUAUGCAGAGUUCCAGUACAGACGGAGACAUAGACAGCGAAGGCGAGGCGAUAUGUCCAGUCUGCGUAGCAGCACACCUGACCCUGAUGACCCCAGCGACAGCACUUUAGACACACAGGAUGUUGGAGGUGGACGAAGGCAGGGUCCCCUGAUGGGUCUCGGCUCUUUGGAUGACGAUGACCCUAACAUUCUACUGGCCAUUCAGCUGUCCCUUCAGGACUCUGGGAUGACAGGGAGUGGGUCCAGCCAGGAGGUCCUUGCCAACGAAGCCUCACUUGGCGCUAUUGGCACCUCCUUGCCUUCUAGGCUUGAACAGAAUGCUCCUGGUGUAGAAGUCCUCCCUAGAGCUUCCCUAAGCAGCUCAGAACUGCUGGAGUUGGGAGAUAACUUAGCAAGACUAGGAAACAUCAACACCAGCAGCCAGUACUCUGCUGCUACUGUUCACACCUCUGUGCAGCACUGUGACAGUCGUCACCGGGCCUAUGGGGCCUCUGUGCCGAUACCAGUGGCUCCAGGUGGCAGCAACUCAUCGACAGGCCUCUUCUCCUCUUCUAGUGACACAGGAGACUCAACUACAUGCGGCAGCCAUGACCCAUCCUCAUCCUCUGGGUUAGCUGCAAAUGCUAACCUGCUGGGCAACAUCAUGGCUUGGUUCCACGACAUGAAUCCUCAGGGUAUCACCCUGGUUCCGUCAACCUCCUCCGACACCGAUUCAAACCUGGGUGCACUCCAUGCAGGUGGAGGGGGCUGCCUGCCAGAUGAUGAGAAAGCUGGUGUUGUUGUCCUGCCUCAGGAAGUGAUGGCAGAUGUGGGUUUCUGCUCUCAGAGACUAAAUGACAAGGAGGAAAAGGAGUGUGCCAUCGCUGAGAGACCGACCCAGUUAGACCUAGUGGGGCUAGACACUAUGCCGCUACCUUACAUGGCUGCCCUUGACCCAAGUGGAGACCAUGCCGAACGUGGAGGCUCAAAGGUCUGCCAUGUCGACACUCCACGAUGUGACUCUGUAUCAGACCAGCUGCCCAGUACCAGCUCCUCUGAGUGGGAGGAGCAAGUGCACCUGGUGUGAUCUGAUUAGCUGAGAUGGGAAAGAGCUUUUUCAGAAAGGCCAAAAACCACUAGAGAUUGCAAAUUUACUAGUUGAAAAAUAGUAGCUAUUCAGGUGGAAUGUAUACAAAAUGAAGAAUGUGUCAGUUUGUACUUGGUUGGAAAGUGGGGGAAGAAGUAUUUGGACUCUUAGUCUAGUAUUGCAGUCAGAUCAGUUUCCUGUGUUGACUGAAGCCCCCUAACAACCAGGCCUCCUGAGGAGAAAGCACUAACUGAGGGAGAGAUUACAUUUAUGAUGAUUUAUUAUGAAUUUCAGUGAUAUAUUUCCUAAAAUGAUUCUGAUAGAAAUAUGAAUAAGUUGCUUUUUCUGAAAUCAAUUUUAGAGAAUAUAAGAGAUGUAGAGACUUUAGCCUUGUGCAGGUAUUAUUAUUUUUACCACUGGAGUAAAAGCCUACUGUAUGUGUCUGGAUCAGGUCUGAGGGAAAUGUUUCACCUGUACAUAGGGAGCAGAUUAAUAUCCAGUAUUCUAUCUGUAGGGUACAGGCUGAGAAACAGUUCUCACCCCUGUCCAUAUCUGCCUACUUUAUGGGUGCCAAACACUGACUAGCAAAAGCACAGUUUGCAGUCACCAAGUGGAUUCUUUAAAGCAAAUUGUGCCUGCUUAUUACAAUCUCAACCACUCAGCUAAACUUAAAUGUGAAAGUCUCGAGCCAUAUUUUUAUUUAAGAUAGUGGCUGAGUGAAAAUUGUUUUUCAAAUCUCACUAUCUAAUAGCUGUAGUGUGCUGUGUAAAUCUGUAGUUUAAGACCAUAAUGGUUGUGUACUUUAUUAUGUGAAACAUUCACAUUCAGAAACAUUUUUGAUGAAUUAUUCAAAUGAACAGGCGAGGCAACCUGCUCAAAAACAUUUCAAAAUGGACUUGACAAUGGUUAUUCAUCUCAAAGCCUCAAUCCUAAAACAUUUUCAAUAGGAAAUGUCUUCUGAGACGACAAAUGCUGACAGGCCCAGAGGGGCCGCUCAGCAUCGUUCACUUCACACCUUUCUAACAGCGCAUUCUGAAUUCCAUUGUAGCUUUUCUUAAAAGUCAUGUUUGAGUACUGCAGCUGAAUGAGGUGCAAGACAGACUAAGUAGACAGUGAGUAGUCUUGUUUAUACAAAGCAGGAAAGGCCAGUCAAACAGAUAAAUGAGUAAUCACAUUCAGAUUUGAUGAAUUAAAUAAUCAAGCCUAAGUCACUGUCAUUAAUCUCUGGGUCCUAUUCAAGUGUAACAUUAGCAAAGCCUUCUCCUGAGCUCUGCAGAUGUCCUGGACUGCAGGGUAACGUGUGGAGAAAAUAUGAAUGUGUGUUGCAUCUCAAACACAUGGAGAGUCCAUGUUUUUGAAAUGGUUCUCUAUGUAGAGAUACAGUGCCUUUAUGUCAAUCACCCUUAUUUAAUCCUUUUUCACACAUUUUUUCUGAGUGCUAAUUACACAGUAUUUACAGUGUAAAAAAACAAAAACAACAAACACCUGUUACCUUAAAGUUAUUUCUCUCACAUAAAGUUUAUAGUGUGCAGACAUAAGCUCUUAAUUUUUUUUUCAUCAAAAUAUUUGUAGCAUGAGCUUUUUUGUCGGUUCUAGUAGUAUUAUGUUAACACUGAUUUUAUAUGAUUUGGUAUAAUGGGUAAUGGUUAAUGUCAUACUUUGAAAUCUUGUUCCCAAAUAUUUUGGAAGAAAAAAAAAAGGUUGUAUUUCUCUUGGCUUUUUGUGCAGUAGGGCUUCUCCCUAAAUUUUGAGACAGUUGGUUUUUCUGUGGUUUAGAAACUAAAAUCACUGUAUUGACUUUGGAACGAGUUGACCUACCGUAUGUGUAUCAUGUAUCUUAUGUGAAGACACUAAAAUGGAGGAAAGUUGCAAUAUAAAGAAGGUAUUUAUUUGAAAUUAAACUGAACCAUUAAAAAAAUGGAUUGUGAAUAACCGAUAUGAAAUGAACACAUCAGUGUUUUACAUUUAAGACUUAGUUUCUGUACAGGCUAAUGUCUGACUGAAGUAAAUGAAUGACCUUUCUUUUCCAGCAGAUGUGUAGUCACAUUAAAUCUAAAAAUAGUGAUUGCGUUGACAAGUGUCUUGAAGUUGUGAAACUGUGGGUGCCAUAUGGUUAGUGGCUAACUUUGUUGGACAUGUUAAUGUAGGUUGGUUGAACAGAGGGAGAUAACAUAUGUUGCAUGGGUACAAGUCUAAAUGGAAUUUGUACUUCCUUUGUAUUUCACCUCUAAUGUCCAGGUGAUUUAUUUUAAAAUGGCAUAUAACAUUUUGUAACUCAUUGAAAUUUUCUAUUGUAAAGCGACUAAUCCUUGAAAUGCUAUUUGCACUUUCAUAGUCUAUACUUGAUACAUUCCCACUUUAUAUGAAAAAUGUUUGAUGUGUGAUGCCAAUAAACUAUGUGUUGAGUUUUAA